AAACGACGAUGGAGCUUGGGAGCCGCGUCCUCGUCGUCGGCGGCAAGACCGGCGUCGUCCGCUUCCUCGGGACGACCGAGUUUGCGCAGGGCGACUGGGUCGGCGUCGAGCUCGAUGCGCCCGAAGGCAAGAACGACGGCGAGAUCAACGGCGUGCGCUACUUCCAGUGCGAACCCAACUUUGGCCUGUUUGCCAAAAAGUCCCAAGUCCGGCUCGCGCGUGGUGGCUCGACGCCGCCGACGCAUGGCACGACGACGUCAACAUCAUCGUCGGCGACGAGCCGCCUGCUGCAGAUGCGCGAGAAGCGGUCAUCGACGACGUCGCUCACGCCGCCCGCUGCGCCAGCGCCAGCUAAAAAGACCAGCCCGCGCCUCCCGACCGACCGCCCGCUCACGCGACGCUCGAGCCUCACAGUACCUUCGUCGCCGUCCCGGCGCGCGGCCGCGCCAGCACCGCUCUCACUUCCUCCGUCGCCGACCGAGUCGACGCGCUCGACACGCUCCAUUCGGUCGAUCGACGAGCACGAAGCCCUUGAGCACGCGCAUGACAAGAUUGAGAAUCUCUUGCACGACCUCGAGCUCAAGAACGAGCGCAUUGCCAGUCUCCAAGCCGAGCUCCUCGAAGCGCAAAAGGCGCCGACACCGGCACCCGCAGCCUCGACUUCGGUGCUCGACGCCAGGGCCGAGUACGACGAGAAGGUGCGUGAGCUGCGCGACGAAGGCAUUGCACUCGCCGCCAAGAUGCGCAAGGACUUUGAAAUCAAGGUCACAAAGCUCGAAAAGACGAUCGAGGACAAAGAAGCGUCGUUCCAAGCAGCACUCGACAAGCAACUGCACGAGCUGCAAGCCGCAACGUCCGAGCUCGUCGCGCUCCGGAAUCGCAACGCGCAGUUUACUGCGUCCGAACAAGCGCGGACGGACGAGGUCGCACAGGCCCAAGCCAAGGCGUCGGCGGCGGCCCGCAAGAUCGAGACGCUCAACGCGCAGCUCGCCGACCUCCACGACACGGUCGAGAUGCUGACGCUGGAGAAGGAGACGCUCGCAAUGGACAAGGAGAUUGCGGAAGAGCGGCUCGAAGACGCCGAGAUGGAGGUCGAGAAGCUCACGCUGGCUGCCGAGAUCGCCGGCGACUCGUCGCACAUGCCCUUGGACGUCCAUUCGAGCAGCGUUCACGAAGAGAACGCCAAGCUCCGUACAGCAAUCAAGGCGCUCCACGACCGAUACGCCGAUGAGAAGAUGGAGCUGACCAAGUCGUUCAAGGAGGCGUCGCGCCAAGCGAACGAGCUCGCGAGCUAUCGCGACGAAGUCGAGGUCGUGUCGGCCAAGAUGGCCAAGGUGGCGCAUGAAAACGACGAGCUCAAGGAGAUGCUCGAUGUCGCCAGCGCGUACGAGGCCAUGGUCGAAGCGCUCACCGAGAAGAACCUGAGUCUUGGCGAGCGUGUCGCCGACCUCGAAGCGUCGGUCGCGUCGCUCGAAGCCCUCAAAGACAUGAGCGAAGAGAUGGAGCACCAGCACGACUUGCUCGAGAAGGACCUCCGGUCCGAGCUUCUGACGCUGCGCACCAAAGUCACCGAGCUCCACGAGCGCCUCGCGUCCGCCCAAGCCAACGUCGACGACAAAGAACGCACCGUGCAUCGGUUCCGCGAACUCGCGCACAGGAACCGCGAAGAAAUGUCGGCGCUCCGCGAAAAGCUCCGACUCGAAGCCGGCGAGCUCGAGUCGAUGAAGGACACGACGCACGCGGUGCUGAGCCAAACGCUGAGCUUGCGCCAGGCAUUGGCCACUGCGCGCGCGAGCACGGUCGAGGCGGCGCGCGCCAAGGUGGCCGCUGAGAGCGCACGGGUCGAAGCAACGUGGUUGCGGUCGCUUCUGCCGUCGUCCGUCUUUACCGAGGCGGACGACCGGUCGCUCAAGGUCCGACUGCUGCUCUCGCGCCUCCACGGCAACGUCGACGUCGUGCUCAACCAUGUGCUCAAGAACGUCUCGUCGCUCACGUCCGACGUCCUCGGGAAUCCGCUCGAGAAGGCUCGGUUGGCGUACGAGUGGGCGCUGGGCGUGCGCUUGUUGCACGUCCGCUUGGCCAUUGCCCACGCGCAGCAGUCGCUGCACACCGCCGGCGACACGGCGUUUCAGGCGCUUCUUGUGCAGCUCGACGGGCCAUCGACGCACCAACUCGACGUGGCGCUCGACGGUGUCCUUGUCUCGCUCGGUGUCGACGGUGGCUUGAGUGGCGGCAGUGACGCGCAGCCGUCGUCGUCGGACCGUCUCUUGUCGGUGGCGGCCGAGUGGAGUGCACUCUUCCCGCUCACGCAGGUGACGCAAGCGUCGCUCAUCAAGCUCCAAGCGCAGGCCCACGCCUCGAUCCUCUCGCUGCACUGCGCGAUUGCGUUUUUGCAUGACGACCUUCCGCUCGAGCUCCGGGGCGCCGUGUGGAACCUUGCGCUUCAAGUCGCGCGGCGCGCCGAGCUGGACCUCGGCGGCGACGCAUCGAGUGGCGACGACGACGACGCGGGCGAACACCAGCAUGUGCUGGCGACGGUUGUCGGCGGCGACGUCCUGGGUCAUUUGCAGGCGUACGCACUCGAGAGCGGGGAGCUAACGACCGAGACACAGCUGCAGUCGUUCAAGGAGCGACUCUCGGUGCUGUACAAGGCCGUGGCCAAAGGCGCGCUCACGGAUGCGUGCGUAUUGGUGCCAAGCCCCGUGCCGCCGGCGCGCCGCCAGCCGACGUGGGAACUCCGCGCCGAGAUGGUGCGGACCGAGCUCGCGAGCGCGUCGACGCUCCUGACGUCGCUGGAGGAGACGACCGACGUCUGCCAUACGCUGCAGGCGCGUCUCAAAGAACUCGAGAAGACCGAGAGCCAAUCGCGCGUCAUUGUGCAAAAGCUCGAACACGACGUGACGCGCCUCAGUGACGCAGUCGCGAAUGAAACGAGUGUGACGAGCAAGCUCCAGUCGCAGCUGACCCACGAACGCGCCCAGUUUGAGCAAAUGUUGUCCGAGCAAAACAAGGAGCGUGCGGCGCUCGAGAGCGCGCACCGCCAGCUCCGCAAGCAGCUGCGGCGCAACAGCGACCUUCCGUCGACGCCGACCACGACCAAAGAGGCGACGUCGACAGCAGCCUCGUCGUCGUCGACCGUCUCGUCCAGUCAGGUCCGGGCGCUCGAAGCCGCCUUGGCCGAGAUGCACGUCUCAAUGCAGCGGCUGCGACAAGAGACCGCUCUGGAACGCCUCCAGGCCGCCAUCGCGCCGCUGCCGCCCGUGCGCCUGCCCUCCAAGCUCGCCGCCUGCGCCGAGAAUGUUCGCCGCGUCGAGAGCCAAGUGCUCGCAAUGGCGUCGCUCCCGUCCUUGUACGUGGUCGGAGGCGCGACCGCCAUGACGUCGCCGGCGACGUCAUCGAUCGUGCCGCUCGCCAAGACGAUCGAGACGCUGCGCGCCGAAAUUGCGUCGACAGCCGCCACCGAAGGCUUUGGCGCCGACGUGAUUGCGGCGGUCCACGCCAACGAAGUCGCAUUCUCUGGCCGCAGCGUCGACAGCGUCCACAUAUCCGCGAUCGAUGUGCCGGCGCGCGUCGGCCGCCUGACGUUCCCAGGUCCGCAUGGCAAGUGCAAUCCCGUCAAGGUCGUCCUCUCGUCGUCCGAACUCCACACGCUCUCGAGAGCCCUCUUGUGCUAAGGCCGCUUCUCCGUCGUCCUUCCACUUACAUUCAUAUAUAUAUAUAUAUAUACGCUUCUGGUAAUAGCGACAAGUUGUCCUUCUUGGGUG